AUGAUGUGUGAGGAUCAAACAACUUGGGGGAACAGUCGCGGAUGCCGCAUCCUGCAUUGCUGGUGGUUUACCCCCGCCCUAGCUUUGGCACGUGUUUCCGUCGUUCGGGUAAUCCACCUUGUGAGCCACAAGUAUGCCUCGAAUCUCACAAAACACUUAACUCGAAUUCAUGCGAUCCUCGAGAUUCGAAACCGGGAAGCACUCAGCAGCCUUAUUACCACAACGCUCUUCCCUGCUGCAUAUGCCGCCCACCGCGGCCGAGUCGAUAUUGAAGUUCCCACAUUCGUCCGCGGAACGCAGACAGCCAUCCCCUCAUUGAAUUGGGGCAUCCGCGCACAACCCGAUCUUGAUCUGGCCUUUGGUGGCUGA